AUGGAUACUAGAUAAUUCGAACAGAAACCAUCGGUUCAAAGUUAUUCUUCAUUCGACUCCUACGUCAUUCAAGAUGAACAUGAUGGAAAUCUCAGUAUUCAUCAAUUAAAAGAAAAGCCAUUCUUCAGUUUCUAAGAAGCUAAAGAUCAAAAUGCAGAAGCCAACUUAAAUACUAAUGGUAAAAAUAACCAACACAAACAAAAAUAACCUUACGAAACAGUUCAGGAUUUACUAUACACCGAAGAGAAAUUGGAAUUGCCAUCUUAACAACUUAAACAAAUUCCUAAAUUACAAUAAAAUUUUGUUAACAUAAAGUUAUUAAACUUAUCCUAAAACCAGUUAACAACUGUCCCUCCCCAAAUCAUGCGUAUGACCAACCUACAAAAAUUGAUUUUGAGCAGUAAUCAAAUUAAUGUUUUGCCAAUAUUCUUGCAAACCCUCAAAUACUUGGAAUAUUUAGACAUGCAAGACAAUCUAGUCAAGGUGUUCAACAUCAAUCCCCCAGAACUCAAAUAUCUAAACUUAUCCAACAAUUACAUAGAAUAACUAUAUUUCCCUAAUCUUGAGCAUCUGUGUAUCCAAAUGAACUGCUUCACUGUUGUGCCCAAAGGGUUUCAUAAGGUGCUCUAUGGAAUGCAGUACUUCGAAUUCGAUUGGUUCAAGUAUUGCAAGCCUGCUUUGCCAAUGAAGAUUAAUUUCGAGAAGUACUAGCACAUCAAGGAUAAGUUGAUAUCCAUGUUGUAGUCCACAAGUCUCACUUUUGAAACCUUCGUUAAACUGUUGAGUAUCUCAGAACCUAAUUUCUAUUAGACAGACUAUAAAUACAGGAAUUUAUUUUUUUCAGCAGGAUCAUCAAACGAAAUAGGAAUUCUCUAUAGUCUAAUCUAGAUAAUACCUGAACAAAUCAACAAUUUAGAUUUCGAUCAAAAUACUCCUUUGAGUGCUUGUUACAAUGAAGGUAAAGCGAGAUCAGUCAAAGUAUUAAGAAGUCUGGGUGGCAAAUUUGCUCCAUAAUCAAUCCACGUCAUUUGUUAAAGAGUAGAUUUAGCCUUUUUCAAAAUACUUCUCAAUCUUAAUGAAGAAGAUAACUCAACUACACACCAUACUGAUUUGAAUCUCAUUCAUUUUAGAAAUGUGGAUGGCAACACUCCUUUACAUCAGUUGUUCAUGAAUUACUCAAAGAGUCCAGAUGCUAAAGUAAUGGCAGAUGUACUAUUGUCUUUGGGAGCUGAUCCAAAUGGUGAAAACAAUGAAGGAUGGACUCCUUUGGAUUUGGCUGUUAGAAAAGGCUAAAUCAAUUCGAUUUAAUACGCUGUAGAAUACAAUAAGAGAUUAUUCCAAUUGAGAUCACAUCAAUAAUUAUUCGAUUUCCAAAAAAAGUCAGGUUAAAGUGAAUGGUCUUUGGGUCAUGUGGCUGCCAGUGUUGGCAAUAUAGAUAUAUUGGAAUUGCUCAGUCAGAUUAACAUAGAUAUAUUUUAAGUUAGUAAAUGCAAUAGAUUACCAAGACAUUUGGCAAUAUAAAGUUUGACAAUGUUGAAAAAUAUGAGAAAAUUGGAAAAAAGAUGGAUUAUUAAAAGAGUAUUGCAUGAUUCAGUUUCAGUGUCACAAACAGAGAAAAAUGUUUAUCAAAUGAAAAAUCAAAUUGAAAAAAAUAUGACUAAGAAACAUUAGAAUAUAGCUUAGAAACUCAUAGAGAAUGAGGAUGAUAAUAUUGAUAUUGAUUUUGAUAUAGAAGAUAACUCUUUUAGAAUAGCUAGUGAAAGUUCUAUUAAAGAUGUAGUCACUGAAUCAGCACCUAUAUUUCAAAGAUUAGCUAACAAGGAAGUCACCAGAAUGCAAUUAGAAAAAUAAAAUAUGUCUACUCUAGAUACUACUGAUUUUGCUGAUCAUCUGCCUGAAAUAUAGAAACUCCUGAGAAAUCAUAAUUAUGAGGUUGCUCUUCAAAAACUGAAGUAUGCAUUAUUGAGUGACAUGCUACCAUUGUCUGAAAGAUUAAAGUAUAAGGAUUACAUAUAGAUGAUUCAAUUUAAAAUGAAAUAUUCAAAAGUGGAAAUGCAAUCAUAUUUAAGGAGUAGUCUGAAUCUAACUUUGAGUGAGUUCCAAUUCAAAGGAAUUCCGUUGGAUCAAAAAUCUAAACUGAUUAAGGAAUUGGUAAGUUUAAACAAAGAUCAAUCAAGGAAUGAGGCUUCAAAAAUUUAAUUUCAUAUAGAAAAAAUGCAACUUGUAUGUUAGAAUCCGUUGCUGCAUCAAGAUUUACUCGCAAAAGAUUUGGCUACUAUCAAUGAGUUGAGAUAGAAAUUGAGCAAUAAUCUUAUUUAUGAUAUUGCUAAUUAUGCUGAAUCUAUAUAUCAGUUGAAUGACUAAAUCUAUUAUUGGAUAAAUACGAAUCAUGGGAGAUGUGAGAAGCUGUUGAUCAAGUCGAACAUUCCGAACCUUGUUAAUUAUGAAUGCUUAUAGAAGAUGAGAUUCGUCAAGAAGGCGAAAUCUAGGGACAAAGAUUAUGACAACAUCGAACAAGAUAUGAUAGAACCAGAGUCAUCUAUAUCUUCGUAUUAAUAAUUUACUUACAUUAUUACGCCUUUUCAAAAUAGCAAACGAUUCUGA